AUCACUAUGGUGCCUGGAUCGGGUCUUUGACUGGUGUGUUUAGCGUCCUAUCCCACCCAUACAUCAAAAGUGGUCCCGAUGUGGCAACAAAUGACGCGAAUGUCAUGCUGUUGCCUGUCGCGAUCCUGGCGGUUGGCCGUAGAAAUGCUGGCGAAAAGCUCGAGCAAACGCGAGUGUCGCUGUCUUCAUGGCGUCCCUUUAGGCGUCCCAACUCCCGCUGCUUUAGCUUCCGUGAACUGUCACAGUGAAAGCGACCUGCAGCAGAAUAGGCAUCUGCCAUAUAGACCUUAGCUGUUGGGACGCCGCCAGGGUCGCGACUGGCGACAGCAUGACACUUCUCUGACGUCAUCAGGCGGAAAUCGAGGGACCACUUUUUUGGCCGCGGUAAACACACCAGUCGGAGACGCGCUCCAGGCACCAUAGUAUCACGGUAUCACUAGAGGUUACCAAUUACCACAACACUGUGCCACUAGGUAGCACCAGCAGCCCCUAAUACCACCCACGGGCCCACGGUACCACCCCCCGGUUGCACGAGGUGGGCACGGUGCGCACUUGAAUAACCGUGCCGCCGUGCCUUUGGGUAGUUGCGAUGUCGGCCUCAGUGGUGGUGGCGGAAUACGAUGCGAAGCUGGUAACAGCGGAGUCAGUCGAGGUGCCGCACAACAUCCAAGAGGCGGCCGCUCAGGAGGCGCGUAAUUCAGGUGGGCAGCUGCUUGCUGUCGUCGGGUCCCACAGGUGGGAUGAUGGCUUUCCAGGGACGAGCUGGUACGCUGCUGUCUUCCUGGUUGUCAACGCUGCCCUGGGAGCAGGCUUGCUCAAUUUCCCGCAGGCCUUCGACCGUGCGGGUGGACUCGCGGUGGCACUCUCGGUGCAAGCGGUGCUGCUUCUCUUUGUGGUGGGUUCACUCCUGGUGCUGGGCGGCUGUGCGGAGCGGACGGGGGGCGUCGAGAGCUACCAGCGGACGGUGAGCCUGGCCUGCGGGGGCCGCCUGGGGGCCCUCUGCUCGUUGCUGGUGGCGCUCUACUGCUACGGCAGCUGCGUGGCCUUCCUGGUCAUUGUCGGAGACUUCUCGGACCGUGUGUUUGCGUCGUGGUACGGGUCGGACUACUGCCUCUAUUGGUACAUGCGGCGGGACGUUGUGACGGUUCUGGUGGCAGUGGUGCUGGUCCUGCCCCUCUGCUUCUCCGGCACCAUAGACUUUCUCAAGUACCCCAGUGCCUUGGGUGUCUUUGCAGGCCUGUACCUGGUGGGCUUGGUGGUGGCCGACUACUACACCGGACACCACCCUCCUGCGCAGACCAGGGCCUCUCCGGAGUCUGCAGAGACCGUCUUGAGCGUCGUGCCGGUCAUCUGCUUCGGGUACCAGUGCCACGUGAGUUCGGUGCCCAUCUACGGCUGCCUGGCGAAGCGGUCCACAUUCCCGAGGGUGGUGCUGGUGGCCGUGUCCCUGGCGGCCGGGCUGUACACCCUCACGGGGGUGUACGGCUACCGGACCUUCGGCCGGGGGGUGGCUGGGGACGUGCUGGAGCUCUACGAUGCCGGCCGGCCGGCCGUGCUGGUGGCGGUCUUGGCCAUGGCGGCCAAGGUGGUGGCGACCUACCCCAUCCUCCUCUUCUGCGGCAGGACGGCCGUGGACGACCUCUACUCCAGCCGCCCGGGCGGGGGGGCGCCGCCGUCGAGGGCCGGUGGCGAGCUGCGGCGCAGACUGGUCAUUUCGUCCGCCUGGUUCUGCACGACGCUGGGCCUGGCCUGCCUGGUGCCCAGCAUCGGCCCGGUCAUCCGGACCAUCGGCUCCCUGGCGGCGCUCUUCAUCUUUCUCUUCCCGGGGCUCUGCCUCGUCUGGACGGCCGGCCAGACGUGGACCAGGCUCGGCAUGGCUGUGGCGUGCGUGGCCUUGGGCACGUUUGUGUUUGGCCAGGUCUUGACCGCCUCCCUCCUGGAGGCUGUCCUGGGCACUGGUCCGGCCACCGAGCUCCAGCUGUGCAGGGUGCCCCGGCUCACGCGUCUGGUCUAGUCGUAUCCCAGCGUGUCCCAAGGACGUCUAGUUGUGGAAUACAUCCUGAGCUUGUUUUGGUCAUCUCAAGACCAGUGAUCAUCUCAAGGUCAGCCCAGCACGUCGACGAGGAAGAUCAGCCCAGCACAUCCACGAGGUGUCUGUAAAAUCUCUGCUUUGGACCUGAUCAGGAUGUCUUGUGGACAUUUUGUAGCUGAUCCAGAUAUCGCCUCAAGACAGUUUUACAAUGAAGAGAAGAUCAUUGCCUUGCUGAUGGAGGGAUUCAGCCCAGCACAUUCACGAGGUGUCCCUAAAAUCUCUACUAUGGACCUGAUCAAGAUGUCUUGUGGACAUUUUUUAGCUGAUCCAGAUAUCGCCCCGAGACAGCAUUACAAUAGAGGGAAGCUCAUAGCCUUGCUGAUAGAGGGAUAAGCCCAGCACGUCUCAGAGGUGUCUUUAAAGUCUCUACUCUGGUCCUGAUUAGGAUGUCUUGUGCACAUUUUUUUUAGCUGAUCGAGAUAUCGUCCCAAGACAGCGUUACAAUGAAGAGAAACUCAUAGCCUUGCUGAUGGAGGGAAGCUCAUAGCCUUGCUGAAGGCUCCCAGUGUACAAGUGUGUGCAGCAUCUGGAACAGUUGAGAGCCCAGUGUGUUAGCCUUCAUCGAGAUACAUUGAAGAACGAGACCGCGUGCAGGGGAAUUCAACAUACACUCGCCAUUGUUUUCCCGCCAAAACUAUGUCGGACAGAAAUGAGGUUCGUUUUAGUUAAUAUCGAGUUGCCAUUUCAUUGAGGCUCGUAGCUUUUACAGCGGAGCUGUUAAGGGCUAGGUUCCCCAGGAUCGUGUCCGGUACCAAACAAAUGUUUACACAACACUCUAGUUGCCGCCGUCGAUCAUAGAUGGCAGUAGCUGUCCAGAGUGUUGUUUGCUGGUUGUGUGCUUGCCGCCGUCGCUCAUAGAUGGCGGUAGCUCUCCAGCCUUUCCACUCUGGCUUGCCGACUUGCGGACGGCCAUUACUUCAUUCCAAACAUAGUACAACUUCACUGGUCUUCCUUCUUCACCAGAGUGGAAAGGCUGAAGUUUUUGAAUAACGUUUGUAGUUGGAACCUUUUUAAUUAAUAAAAUCGGACGUAGCUCCAGUCAGAAACUUGCUGGGCAUUGUUGAAAACUAUUAAAUCUGCCAUUUUUGGGAA